CUCCAAACCCAAACACAAAAAUUAAGAAACAAACAAAACCGCACAGGAAAAAGACAGAAAGCACAGCACAUACAAAAAAAAAAAAACGAAAGAAGGGAACACCACGCACGCUCUUUUCGUGAGGGAUGGACGCUCCACCGAAAACGCUUACGGGUCUUGCGGAGGAGAAGACGGUGGAGGCGAGCUUCAUCCGCGACGAGGAUGAGCGUCCCAAAGUGGCCUACAACCAAUUCAGCGACGACAUCCCCGUCAUCUCCCUCGCCGGAAUGGACGACGACGGGGAGAAGAGAGCCGCCGUGUGCAGGCGGAUCGUCCAGGCGUGCGAGGACUGGGGCAUCUUCCAGGUGGUGGAUCACGGCAUCGACGCCAAACUCAUAUCCGACAUGACCCUUCUCGCUCGUGAAUUCUUCUCCCUGCCGCCCGACGAGAAGCUCCGCUUCGACAUGUCCGGCGGCAAGAAGGGCGGCUUCAUCGUGUCCAGCCAUCUGCAGGGAGAAGCGGUGCAGGAUUGGCGUGAGAUAGUGACCUACUUUUCGUACCCGAUCCGGAACCGGGACUACUCGCUGUGGCCGGACAAGCCGGCUGCGUGGAGAGCGGUGACGGAGGAAUACAGCGAGAAGCUGAUGGGGCUGGGUUGCAAGCUGCUGGAGGUUCUGUCGGAGGCGAUGGGGCUGGAAAAGGAGGCGCUGACCAAAGCGUGCGUGGACAUGGACCAGAAAGUGGUGGUCAAUUUCUACCCAAAAUGCCCGCAGCCGGACCUCACCCUCGGCCUCAAGCGCCACACGGAUCCGGGCACCAUUACACUUCUGCUGCAGGACCAGGUCGGCGGCCUCCAGGCGACCAGAGAUAACGGCAACACCUGGAUCACCGUUCAACCCAUCCAAGGAGCUUUCGUCGUCAAUCUCGGGGAUCACGGCCACUUUCUUAGCAACGGGAGGUUCAAGAACGCCGACCACCAGGCAGUGGUGAACUCAAACUCUAGCCGCCUCUCCAUUGCCACGUUCCAGAACCCAGCUCCUGAGGCGACCGUUUACCCGUUGAAGAUCAGAGAUGGCGAGAAACCUGUGUUGGAGGAGCCAAUCACCUUCACCGAGAUGUACCGGAGGAAGAUGAGCAAAGACCUUGAGCUGUCGAGGAUGAAGAAGCUUGCCAAGGAGAAGGCCCUGGAAAUCGCCGCAGCUGAUGAGGAGGCUGCUAAACUUCAAAAGCCUAAACUCGAAACCAAGCCUUUGGAGCAGAUUCUUGCCUGAGUGAUGAUGCCAAUAUUAUUAAGCUAGGCUAUAGUUAAUUUGACAUGACGGAAUCCCCCUUGCCCCCAUGUUACCUACUUUUCCCAUGCUUGGGUGUUGCUCGCUCUUAUGUCUGGACUGGUAAUAAAAGUCUGUGUUUUCA